AUGUCAACAUCAAAAUUAAAACCAAGGACACUGAGUAGAAUUAGUCAAAGUGAAAAUUCAUCAUUCAUAAGUUUAUCAAUGGAUACUCUCCCACAUCCAAUUGAUGAUGCAACAGUGGAAAUCGAAACUGGAAUCACACAAUCUGCAAUUAGUGAAGAUGAAUCAUUAUCCAAAUCAAAAUCAAAUUAUAUUCCUCCUUGGACUGAACCUUAUAUAAUUGGAAUUGCUGGAAACUCGGGAAGUGGGAAAACAUCAAUAUCACAACAAAUAGUCCAAAAUAUAAAUCAACCGUGGACUGUUCUUUUAAGUUUUGAUAAUUUUUAUAAAUCUUUAAAUCCAAGUGAGUCUGCUCGUGCAUUUAAUAAUGAUUUUGAUUUUGAUUGUCCUGAUUCUUUAGAUUUUGAUUUAUUAGUGUCUGUGGUUGAAGAUUUAAAAAGAGGUCAAAAAGUGAAUAUCCCAGUUUAUUCAUUCACUUCUCAUAAUCGAACAAAUAAGAUAAAUACUAUAUAUGGAGCAAAUGUGAUUAUAAUAGAAGGAUUAUAUGCGUUAUAUGAUCCUAGAUUACUAGCAAUGAUGGAUUUGAAAAUUUACGUUGAUACUGAUUUGGAUGUAUGUUUAGCUAGAAGAUUGACUAGAGAUAUAUUAUAUCGUGGAAGAGAUUUAAAAGGAGCUAUAAAACAAUGGGAAAAUUUCGUUAAACCUAAUGCAGUAAAGUUUCUCAAUCCAACUUUACAUAAUGCCGAUUUAAUCAUUCCUCGAGGUUUAGAUAAUACAAUAGCGAUAAAUUUGAUGAUUAAGCAUAUAAAAAAUCAAUUGUUGAGUAAAUCCAGGAAUCAUUUAAUAAAUUUAAAACAAUUAGGUAAUUCGAUUAAGAAUUUCAAGAUUGAAAAUUAUUCAAAUGUCAAGAUAUUACCAGUUACAAAUCAAACAAGGGUCAUUAAUUCAAUACUAUUUGAUAAGAAAACAAAUCGAGAUGAUUUUAUAUUCUAUUUCAAUAGGAUAAGUAGGUUAUUAAUUGAAUUUGCAAGCCAAAAUUUUUUUACAAACGUAUUUAAUAAACGAAUUGAUUGUGUUAGGUGUAAUUCACAUUCUGGGGUGGAGUUAAAGCAAGUUUCAAUUGCUGUUAAUAUAAUUCGAAGUGGUGAUUGCUUUAACACGAGUUUGAAAAAGACAUUUCCUGAUAUAAUUAUAGGUAAAUUAUUAAUUCAAUCUGAUUCCAGAACUGGUGAACCACAAUUACAUUUUGAAAGUUUGCCCAAAAAUUUAGGAACAAAUGAUACGGUUAUGCUUUUUGAUUCUCAAUUUAUUUCUGGUGCUGGUGCAAUUAUGGCUAUUCAAGUACUAAUUGAUCAUAAUAUAAAAGAAGAAAAUAUCAUUAUUAUUACUUAUUUAUCUACUGAAAUUUCAAUAAGAAGAAUCUUACAUGUUUUUCCAAAUGUUAAAAUUGUAAUUGGGAAAUUAUCAAGUAUGGAAAAACCAAAUGAUAAAUUAUGGUAUAAUGAAGAGGAAAUUUUGGAUACUUCCUGGCCGUUUAGAAAUAGAUUUAUUGAUAGUUUAUACUUUGGAACUGAUUAG